ACUUGUCUCUGGGGCUCGCGCCAUCAGCUUGUGCAGGUUUUCCGCGUCAGUCGUCCUUAUUAUCCUAAAUUAUCCACGUGUCCACUCUACGUUUAUGGUUUAAGCUUCAAAGAAGAGCUGUCGGACGUAGAACUUCGUCUCAUAGUAACCAUGCCGUCCGUUUGCGCUGCGCACGGCUGUACGAGCACCGGUGGCCGAGACAACGUACUCUUUCACAACUUCCCGCGUAAGAAAGAAAAGGCUGCUCAGUGGAUCGCUGCUAUGAAACUAAGCAAUUUCAAGCCUUCGAGAACCACUGCUCUCUGCUCGAAACAUUUUCGUGACAGUGACUACCAUCAGAGUCUAUCGCUAAUGCGAGCAAUGGGAAUUCCCGUGAAAUCUGCUCGACUAAGGCCUGGGGUAGUGCCAUCGAUCUUCGUUCACGAACGGAGCGAAUUGCUGGCACCGAGUGCAGAAUUCUCGAAGAGACGAAAAGAUGAGUUCCUCUCUGGAGACCCAACCAUCGGGCAAACGCCAGGACCAAGUCAUUGUAGCGGAACAUAUCGUGAUUACUUUGCAGCAGCGCCAGUACAUGAGGCAGCACCGGGUCUGGCUUGCGAGUCCAGACAAGCUGCAGAAACUUUACCAGAGCCAGCGUGUGAACCAGGCCAUGUUGCAGAUAAAUCUGUUCAAGUGCGACUACUAACCUGCCACGAAGCAUCACAAGCAAAUGGAAUGAAAAUUCUGUCAACAAGUUCUACGCAAACAGAGCCUCAGGCUGUUUCUUCAGGUUCCUUGUCUUUUGCAUCCCUGGAACAUUCUUCAUUGGCAUCUUUAGGAGAUCGACUGCACUCCUGCCAGCAGUGCACCUAUGUGACCCUGGACAAGUCUACUAUGAACAGGCACCUUCAGAAACAUAUGGGCGAGCCCCCCUCACAGUGCUACUUGUGUCCGGCUGCAUUCGCUUGCAACUCCAAGCUAGUGAUUCACGUGCGCACCCACACAGGAGAGCGACCCUUUUGCUGUGUCCACUGCAAUGCAUCCUUUUCGCGGAAAGACAGCCUCAGUGACCACAUGCGCACUCACACAGGAGAGCGUCCCUUUGCCUGUGUCCACUGCAAUGCAUCCUUUUCACAGAAACGUUUCCUGGUUGGACACAUCCGCUCUCACACAGGAGAGCGUCCCUUCUCCUGUGUCCACUGCAAUGCAUCCUUUUUGCAGAAAUGCCACCUCGUGAGACACAUCCGCAUGCACACAGGAGAACGUCCCUUUUCUUGUGUCUAUUGCAAAUCAUCAUUUGUGGUGAAAGCGCACCUCGUCGAGCACAUGCGCAUUCACACAGGAGAGCGUCCCUUCUCCUGUGUUCUUUGCAAUGCAUCCUUUGUGCAGAAAAGCAGACUCGUGAUUCACACACGCAUUCACACAGGAGAGCGUGCCUUCUCCUGUGUCCACUGCAAUGCAUCGUUUGUGAAUAAACGCUGCCUCAUUGAGCACAUACGCACUCACACAGGAGAGCGUCCCUUCUCCUGUGUCCACUGCAAUGCAUCCUUUUUGCGGAAAAACGGCCUCGUGAUGCACAUCCGCACUCACACAGGAGAGCGUCCCCUCUCAUGUGUCCACUGCAAUGCUUCUUUUUCACGAAAACAACACCUCACCAACCACCUGUCCCUUUGUCAUAGGAACAAGAAUGCAUAACUGUGAGGGGCCUAUGGGCUUCUCUUAAAGAAAGGGAGGUGUGGUGGGGAUGGGAGAGUUUGCUGAUGAGAGGUAACAGUGAAAGUUUGGUUUAAGAUUAGGAAAGACGCUUAGUUCGGCAACUCGCAAAGGAGAAUGGCUCGAAAGCAUUGGAGGAAGAGGAGUAGUGGAAGAGAAAGUGCAAUAGCAAGGCCAGCUUCUUGGAGGUUUCAGGUUCUAUUCCCAGUGCUGCCAUUUUUGUAACGGGCAGAUAAUGUAUCUCAGCCUGACGCUCGGGCUUGAGGGUAAUAAUUUCUCGUGAAGGUGGAUUCGUGUUUUCUAACUACUUGUAUUCCCCUUUCCUGCCGGGACGUCUGUGCGAGCAGGGUGUUUGGUGAGCAACAUCGCCACGGACGUGAGCCAAUGAGGGGGGGGGGGGGAGGGGUGUCCCCUUCCCAUGCCUCGCCGUGCGUGGCUUAGCAGUGUCUGGGGAAAAGGGAAUCCUGGGUGUUCAGCCAACGCUGGGUAAUUGGAUCUCGCGGGCCCCCUGGCAGAGGCAACACACCCUGUUGGCAUUGGCUUCAUGUAGACGGCACCACUGGGCUGACCCUUGCAGGGGAAAUCAGCAGUGUCCCUCUCUUCUUUCACAUCUUUGUCUUUGCAUCUUUCCUGUCUUCUUCUAUUUUCUGUUUACCGUAAGUUUUUUCUGAAGGCAAGGGUUAACCUUGUGUGGAUGACCACUCUUGGCUCACCAUAGGUGGUUAUAGUGGUGGUGUACAGCUGGCACUGGCGGCACUUGUCUUUGCACAUUGCCUGUCGUGUCCCCUUGUUGGUCCAGGUGGUGGGUGGCUAGUACCGCUGCUGAAAACAACACUUAGACUAUGUUUACGAGGGGAAAAAACACCGCUAAAAAGACAUGACAAGAAAGGACACACACCACAGCACUCUUAUCUUUAACUUCUUCGCCCUUUUCAGUGCUGCAGUCUGUGUUUUUUUUUGUUCAUUCUUUUUAGCACUGUUUUUUCCUCUCUUGAACAUGAACCAGCAAGCCCAAAUUCUCUCCGUCCCAUGCUGCGACGGCGGAGAGCGCAUUUUCCUCGCUUUUUUUUCCAAACGUGACUUCGUGGCGUCUUCUGGUGGCUGAAAAAGAUACUACACUGGAGUGGGACAGCCACCUUAAUCUAUCAUUAAAAAGUGUUUUUCUAUGAGUUAUGAUCAUACAUUUAGUUUUCCUAAUAUUUCUGCUCCCCCCAUGUCACACCAAUGGGCUAUAUUGUUAAGAAUAUUAUUCAAUCGGAGCUGGUCAUUGAUUACUCGCACGCAAGUGUAAAUAACAGUGAUUGAAGUGCUGCUCCAAUUGCUCCAAACUGAUCCAAAAGAGAAAUGCUACUCCAUGCUGUUCCAAACUGUAAUUUUUGUUAGCAACUGCUCUGGACCUGCUCCGAAAUGGUGCUUGUAAACUGAAAACAAUGCACUUUAAGCACAUGAUCAUUCAGCGAGCCUGAACGAAACAAAAAACAAGCUGUCUACUAUCAUUCUAUACUCACGGACAACUUUUCUUGGCAAUGAAGAGAAGGCUGCAGAGCCAAACUAUGCAUGUGCUACCACUGAAGAAUAUACAUCUCACAAUUGCAUCCGUGUUUUCUGCGUGAGAAAUUAAAACAACAACAUUGCUCUAUUUUCUACGGGACACUGCUUGAAAGGAGGUGCAGCAUGCACCAAGGAGAUAUAAAAUUUAUAUUUGUUUUACUUUACGCAGUGUCAUUUCAUGUUUUUGCACAUGUGAAAAUGUUGCACCUUUUACGUGCACCUCACAAUCAGAAUAGCAUCUUCGCCUUCAGGUGAGCACUUGUCACCCUCUAGCUUUUCCAAUGACUCGCCCAAGGAGCUUGUGACGAAUUUCACUAACAAAUGGCCGUCUAAGCAGACGAAGCAAAUAGUAUGGAAUGUUAUUAUUUUACCAUGGCCACUCGAAUAAUCGAAGAGCCGUCACAGGAGUUACGGAUGGUUCACAAACUGAAACUAAAUUCUAAACGCGUGCCAAACCGGACUACUUCGCGAAGCAGUACAUGUGCAGUAGCUCCGCCCCCGUAGCCUUUCCUUCAUUGCCAAGAAAAGUCUGCGAGUAUAGUAUGUAUCAUAUGCUAGUAUGGAGUUUCUAUACUAGCUCCAUACUAGCAUAUCAACAAUGCCACAAGUAGUGGCAUUGUCACACUUAUCACUUUGUCAGCUCCGGCCUCAUUUUUGCUACAAGAAAUGGCAAGGCUGUUUUUUCAACCUUUCCGCACUUAGUUUCUUGUUUCUUUUUUAAAGUUUUAAAUGCAGGCUAUUUCGAUCAAAUAUGAAAAUAACAGAUUGCUUUGCUCUAUUACCAAUUAUAAACUGCUGUACGUGAUUGCGGUUUCUUUUAUGAUUUGGGGCUUAGCUUUAUCGGUUUUAUGUUAUUUCUGCCACAAGUACCCAAAAAUUUAAGCAUAUAGCUCAUCUUACUUAGUGUUCAGUUCCCACCCAUCUGCUUAAUUAUUUGUUUAUUGCAAUUUGCAGUGAUAACUGUAUGUGCAAUAUGUUUAAUAAUAAGUAUUAAUACUUAUGAGAUGCUUAAAUAAUGCUGUAAACUCCAGGAGUAGUUUGGAAUAUUUUGCAUCUGCUCCAAAAAUGCCAAUAGCUGCUCCAAAGUAGCAUUUUUUCUGCUCUGGAAUGUGCUCCAAAAACCAAAAUGUCGCUUCCAUCACUGAAAUAGUCAAAUCAUUGCCGAAGAGCCGUAACAUUACUCCCUUCUCUGCACAAUCAGCAUUGUCAUUAAUGUAAAUGAGGGGUGUGCAAAUAUUCGAAAAUUUCAAGUAAAUUGAAUAGCUUUCUUUUAGAUCCGGUACUCGAAUCAGAUAGUGCAUGUUAGAAAUAAUGAAUUUUUUCGAAUAUUUUUCUAAUAAUAAGCAUCAAUGGAAAAAACCUCAAAGGAACAAACGGAACACAGAGGGGGAACGUUUCUUGUUUUGCUAAUUGAAUUACUAAGAUAUAUGCAGCACAAGGUUUUAUGGGACUAUCGACGCUGUAUUGACUGCAGGAUAAAAACACCAGCCGAAGCGACAAAGUCGUCAAUCCACUAUCUUUAUCAUGACAUCUAUGAUGAUCUUGACUCAUGAAUAUUGUUUCAUAUUUAUGUAUCAGUUUUAUUUAAAGGCUGUUGGCAAAGUACCACCUUGAAUACUAAAGCCCUUCAUGUUAGUCAACCUCCAGUUACAAAAUAUUUCUGAGGCCCUAGUUGCUGCUGUGUACGACGUCUUACCUCAGUUUACAGAACUGUGAUAUUUUUUGGUCGGUUGAAUGUAGUCAUAAUGUUCUUUUGUUGAAGCUAGUGAAUAUUUGCUUCAAAUAAAAUGUUGUGGAAUGCUUGGGCUGUUUUGAAAAUGGUUAAAUUACCAUUCUAUGACUGCAUUGAACACAGUUGCCUUACUAUUAAAGAACUAUCAGAAUGGUGUUCGAUUCUUAUUUGUAUUCGAUGCACUUCUAAAACUCACUAUUCGCACACCCCUAAUGUGAAUGAGAAAUAACCAUGGUCCCAACACAACCCCUGGGGCACUCCUGAAUAAACUUCGAGUUGGUCCGAGUCAUAAUAAUUUAUAGAAGCAUACUGAGUUCGGUUUGAUAAAUACACUGCAAUCCAUUCUGCAAUAUUGUGUGCUAUUCCAAUACACCUGAUCUUUUUGGUUAACUUGCAGUGCAUGGCAUGAUAAAAAGCCUUAAAAAAACUAUAAAAAUGGUAUCAGCUUGGAAGUUCGAGUUAAUUAUUGAUGCAAAGUCAUGUGUUGUCUCUAAUAACUGAGUAAUUGAUGAUAAUCGUUUCCUAAAACCAUGUUACAUUGGAUAUAUAGUACAUUAUUUUCUUCUAGAUAUGUCAUGCAUAUUUAAACUUUUUAGCGCGCGCAAAAGACAAGGACAAGAAAGAGACACACGAGCGCUUGUCCUUGUCUUUUGUCCUUGUCUUUUGUGCGCGCUAAAAAGUUUAAAUAUGGAUACAUACCAACUUGUCCAGUUAUCAGUCUUACUGCAAUAUGUCAUGAUUAGGCUUGUGCGAAUAGUCAAUGUUGGGUUCGAAGCGAAUUCGAAGCCAAUAGUGAUUUGGUCGAAUAAUUUCGAAUCGAAUUCGAAUAAUAUGUAUUACAUAUUAUAAAUAAAAAGGAACAUAUUUGUCAUGACCCAGCUAACCUGCACAAUAGUUUUUUUUAAAACUGAAACAAGGCAUGUGCAAAUGUAAUUCUUUUUGGGUCAAAGGGAAGUGAAAGCAACUUUGAUUAGCAGCAGGAUUUGACUUUCAGUAGAAUGCAAGUGAUAAUCUGUAAAAUAUGUUACAUUAUAAAAUUUACUAUACUUAGAGCAUAUAAGCCGGUAUAACAAGCUUUUAAACUUAAAAAAUGAUGAAUUGAUGUGAGGGUAAUAUGUUCAUUUAACCUUGAAGUGGGGUGUCGCAGCAGUGCGGAUUUCCCCCUGAAUAUGUGUAUUCACGGCAUAGCACCCUUCUGCUGCAGUGAAACCACCUUUACAGGGGGUGACAUGCAGUUUAUGUCUAUGCAUUCAUUUCGAAUACUUCGAAAUUAAGAAUAAUUUAAAUUGGUGUCGAAGCAAAUUAGAACACUGUAAUAAUCGUUUGAAUAUUCAAAGUGCUCAAAUAUUCGCACAAGCCUUGUCAUCAUAGCUUUAGUUACUAUGUUUUCCAUAAUUUACAGCAGCAACUUGUCAGUGAUAUUGGUCUAUAUGUUUCCACGUGUAAUUUGUGGCCUUCUUUAUGAAUCGGUAUUACUUUUGUGCAUAGCCGAUCCUUGCGAAGAGAAGCUGUACUCACAGAUCUUGAAAAUAUAAGUUGUGUAAAGGGGGAAUGUUGCUGGACAUAUCGUUUCAAAACAUAUUUGAUAUAUGUUAUCUGGCCCCAGCGAUUUCUUGGAGUCUAUCUGCAAAAGCAAGCUUAGAAUACCUGACUCUGUUACCGCAAGGUUGCCCUUCCGGGCGUCAGUUACUGGCACAUGCGCAGUCGUGAUGAUCGAUCACGUGAAAACCGAUUGGAAAUAGGCAUUAAAUGUAUUAGUUGCAAUGCGCAUGUCUUCUAGACCGAGUCUGCCGCUUCUAUUUGAGUGAUCACACCAUCUCGUUUUGAUAAGUAGCGCCAAAACUUUUGCAGUUGAUUCCUUAUGAUGUUUAAUAACAUAUCUGAAAAUUAUCACUUAUACCACUGCUAUAUUAGGUCCACCAACCCUCUUGAUGCUCCUCAUCACCUAUGUUGCACUACCUCAGAAGUUGGCCCACCUGCUUGAUUAAUUAUUGUAUUAAGCAAGAUGUUAAGCAUAGUGUUUCCAUAUGAACAGAUGAAACCUUGUAUGAGAUAUAUUUUGCUGAGACAGUGCAAUGUGGCCUCUUCAGCACCAUGUGAUUUAGGUAGGUAAAGGUUAUGAUGCACUUCACAUAGAAGUGCACCAAGCAUUCUUGGUUGCCUGGUGCUGCAGCCUGAUUCCGUGUAGAGACACAUGGUUUACAGUGCCUUUCUGCUCUCCUUGUGGCUUUGCAGGUUCCUUGUCAUUGGCCUCCCUGGAGUAGUACAAUUCACACAUGUUUAUACCAGUGUUGUAUGCGUUACCGGAAGAAAGUAACUAAAUGCGUUACUCGUUACUCUAACAAAAAAGGAACACGUUACUUGCCUACGUUACCUACAAAAAAAGGCUAACGUCUUACCAUUGCCGUUACCAAAAAAAAAGUAAUGCACAUUACUUCUGCCAUUACUUUAGGGUCAGAAAUUUGAAUCAGUGCGCCCUCGCAGCAGGAACCAGAAUAACAAUUUUAUAAACAUCAUAUUUAGAUUUCACAUAAAACCGCUAAUCAAAACUGUGAUUUGAGGUGAAUUACUGAUAUAACUAGAAAACUUUGCACAAGUGUGCUGGGCUUUGGCAGUGUUAUAAUGGCUUAAUGUUAGCCAUGGAGUUGCAUGUGAUGGCUUAUAACUUUGUGGCACAUGGUGAAGCCAUUUCUGAAAAUGACAGUAAACAAAAAAUUAGGUUUCUUCAUCAGCGCUCUGCCGAAAGAAAACAUCACUGAUCUCUGAAUAAAUUUACAGUAAUUCUGACGCCGUGUUUCUAAUAGCGGACAAAACAUAUGCGCAGAUCUUGAAGGAAUUAGAAAAUUCUUAAAUUGCAUAGUCCCGGAAAAAAUAUUUGCAGCAUAAAUCAGUUUUGCCCCUUUAACCUAUAUACUUGCCGCGAAAAUUGCGAGUGUUUAUGCGAAGGGGUUCAAGGUCAGCCUAUCUCGCUUAGGAAUUGAACAACGAGAAAUUUAUACCCACAGUUAGAAGCAGAUGGAAGCAAAUUUUAUUUUGAAAGCAGAACUGAUAAACAGUGCUGUAUUAUUGCAUGGACAACUUGAUGACAACUACAUACUACUUGUAGAAUUUAAGCAGCAGCUGUAUUCGUAACCUGCCGUCGGACAGCUUGCCUCGCUUCUUGGUGAAUACGUUCACAGAUACAGUAAAUAGGCGCUCAAAGGAUGCAUUAGAUGAUACUGGUGUCCUGCUAUCACCUGGCAGGCCGAUAGUAGGAUAUAGCUCUGCGAGAAACGAUAGCUGCAGGAACGUGACUCCUACGAGACGAAAUAUAUUUGUGAAGUAUGACGGGGAUAAUUGGAAUAAAAGGUAACGAGUACCCAAGUACCUCUGGGUAACUUUAUAGCCGCUCCCUGAUGACGAAGGUUUGACGUGCCUUCAAUGUGGAUUGGCUGAAGAUGCUGUCAGGAAUUGAACCGUGGCCGCAUACGCUACAGGCUAAGCCCAAGAUUUUCGUGCACAGUGACUGCAAAUGGUGGUGUCCAUAUGGACAAGUGCACAUUGUAGUGUGGUGUAGCUUGGUGGGGUGUGUCCUUGUGAACAUGCACAAUGUAUUGUGGCUAUACUCAAUUACAACGUACACACAGUUACAGCCUAAGAAAAUAUGACCUUCAUCCACAGAACCGCGGUGUGCCUGCCCUUCACCUGUGAAAGAGAGUCAUAUGCUAGCUGGUUUCUGCUCGAACUGUAAGCACUUUUUCUUGGCUCUGAAUAUGCGUUGACCUCUGAAUAUGCUUGUAGUAUUUACAUUAUAAUGUAAAUACUACAAGCAUAUUCAGAGGUCAACGUCUAUCGUUACACCUAAACAUUACCUUUGGCUGAGCAGCGACAUCAGAGUCCCUGAUGAAAUUUACCAGGACAUCCAAGUUUCCAACCUAAAACCAGUGACAAAAACAUUGGUCUUUAUUGGGAAGGUCAGCUAUCUCGAAAAGUGCUUGAAAUCACGAAAACGAUCAAGCGCGAUUAGACAAAGCAUCUAUGCAGAUUCUCUAUGGGGGAGACAAGUGAUGGCAGCGGCUGAAGCUGACAUUUUUUCUUUAGUUUAAACCGACGAUAGUAUAACCUCCAACCAAUAGCUUUGCUGGUUGACAUUUCAUGCUUACAUCUGCUCUUGGUUGCGGGAGUGCUAUCCAUUUUUUAUUGUUGUUGUUGGUGUACACAUUGUUUAAUAUUGUGCACCGCAUGAAAGAGAGGAGCAUCUUCUUUUGCAGUGGCUGGGGGCAAGGGGUGAUGAAGUGCUAAAAUAUCCUCUUUCAAAGUCUUGCAUAUCAAGCUACAGCAGCAGCUCUUAUUUUUGUGUUGCUUAAUUUGGUUGGUUUCAUGUCAUGAUCACUGUUAUCAUGCUGGUGACUGUGGUUGGUUAGAACCUAUGAAUAAAUAUGAGCUCCAUCCACAGGA